AUGCUCCCGCAGGAGGGCGUACGCGCUUGCGAUUCUCGCUUCUUUGCUCCGUUGGGUGGCGCGGCUGCGUUCCGCUGCGGCGGAGCAACGAAUCGCUCACCUCCAAACCUCCCAAGACAAAUCCCUCUGCCAAAUCCUAUAAAGAUAUCAAACGCGCGAGCGAGAGAGCAGCUGACUUUUCCAGAGAGCAAAGCUGACAAGCUGGCAAUCACCGAGGAAGCGCCGAGCUACUCCCCCAACUCCACCAGUCUCGCCGAGGAGCAGUACUCGGCCUACACUUACUGGGAGCAAGAAAAGAAACUGUGGAACCAACAACGAGACGAUCAGGAGGGAGCCAAUCCCCCUGAUCCAAUCGCCGCUCAGGCCUUUUCAGGCAUUGGCAGCAACUCAAUGUCCUACUUAAAAUCUCCUUAUGGAAUGAUUUCCAACCUUUCAAAUCCAAUGGAUCCGCUGUCUAUGCAUCAUCGAAUUCCUGGAUAUCCAAGUGAUGCCUACUGCUUCAGUGGAAUCAACAAGAGCAUGUCCCAGCCAAACGGGCAACUACAGUCGCUCUGCCCGCCAAUGUACGAUUCAGGUUUGCCAACACGGAAACAAAGACGAGAACGAACAACCUUCACGCGCGCCCAGCUCGACAUCUUGGAAUCGCUCUUUUCGAAAACGCGUUACCCGGACAUCUUCAUGCGCGAAGAAGUCGCCCUAAAGAUCAACCUUCCCGAGUCACGUGUUCAGGUCUGGUUCAAAAACAGAAGGGCAAAGUACAGACAGCAGCAGCAACAAAAAACGAAUCCAGACGGAUCGAGUGAAGACAAAGACGACGAGGGCAAAAAGUCCGAGACAGAAGAAACCGACAAAGAUCAAGAAAAGACGCUAUCGAUAAAGAACGAGCGGAAAACUCCUCCAUUAGGCGGUGUACCGCGAAACUCGACGAGCCCGUUCAGCAGUAGCUCCACCCCCUCGGCGGUGAAUCAGAACAAGUCCAGCCCAGCACCAUCUAACUCUUCUUCAACCGGUCAUCAACCUCCCCCACAGCCAGCCGCCCCUCACACCGGCGUCGCAUGGAGCCCAGAGCCGCCAACGGAUCCCUCAAUUCUUGGCUUCCAAAACCCAACUUCCUCGUCAGAAGCGCCAGGUUUGGCACACCAGACCCCUCCUUCAAUUUCGUCGACAUCCAUAAUUGGCGCAAACAGCUCUGGCACUCCUCCAUUUGGAACCCCAGAUGCAUCAUCAGUCAACGCCGAUGCCUAUUCUGCCUGGAAUGGCGCGUCUGGGGCCUUCUAUCAAGGUGCCAUGGAUAGUUAUUUCCACCAAAGCAACCAGAGCCAUUACUACUCUCCCAUGCAAAACUACAACCACGCUGUCCCUGCCGGUGUUCAGGCGGCUGGCGGACCAGCGCAAAAUCCUACUGAACAGAGCUGGAAAUUCCAAGUUCUUUAA